AUUUUUCAAGACAUAAGGUUGCAUUGAAAUAUCUGUUAGAAUACUUAAGAACUAGUUGUUGUUACACAUAAUUAGUUGUUUCGUUCCCUGUUAAUCUGGUAUUGGAUGCUAUCGUUAAAUAAUAGUGGUUUCAAUGGAUCAAGAUUUCCCUAAGCCGUGCCAGGCACUGGGGAUUCCUCACUUUCAAAGGAGGAAGACUGAAGAGCCAGCACAAUCAACGGUCGUACUGCCUCCCCAGCGGGCUCCAUCCACAAAGGUUUUCCGCUGUGAAAAUCAGAUAGACUCCUCACCCCAAGGAUCUUUGGCCGACGAGGAAGUGGUGGAAAAAUCUGACGAGGAAAGUGAUCUGGAAAUUAAAGAAAUUUCUGAGGAGGUGAGUCGCUUGGGGCGGCGUGUAAGACGACUGAAUCAGAUGCUCGGCACCAAUAUACCAGAAUGUCCAAGUAUCGAUCUCUGCGAGCAGGAACAUAUAUUAUUCAAUAUGCCCGACCAAAUCCACCCCGAGAUCCUCGAAAUCGAGAUCGCCAAUAAUAAACUGAGCACUCAACUGGCACAGUUGCAACCCCUUCAAAAAUCCGCCAAUGUGGCCACACAAAUGGUGCGUGAUGUCCAAGGCAGGGACAAAAAAUUGGGUGACCAGUUGCAGAGAGACAUUCAGGAGCUGGAUUCUUUCAAACUCACAUUUGAGAAACAUCAAGGACUAUGCCUCCAACGGUUUCUGUUCGUGCAAAGGGAUAAAGCCAGUGGCACGGAAAUCGCAGAAUGUUCAGCCAAUAGAGCAAGAUUUAUACAAAAUCUUCUUAAUAAACAGGUAGUUAAAGAUGAUUAUGAACCUCGACGGAAAGAAGCCCUCAAAGUGAUGCUGCAUUUAAAGAGGGCCUCACUGAACUUACAGAAACAUCUGACAAACGUGAUAAGCCACAAAAAGACUGAACUCUUCCACAACUUGUAAAAUUCAAGUAAAUUUGAUUUGUCUGAGCUGUAAUUAUAUAUAAAAUAUCUAAAGCACCAUUUGUAAAGUGAAAAAAAAAUGUAAAUCUUUUUUAGUACUGUUUCUGGACUGGUUCGCACGACAUUAUCAUAUAGGUCCCAUAUGAACAGUUGGAAAAAUAAAAGAAACAAGUUAAGACUUUGUGGUUUUUAAAAGUAUAAAUAUAAUUAAAAUAUAUAUAACUAAA